UUCCAAACCCACCUGAAAACAUCACGGUUGAGAAUAUUGGUACUACAUCAGUUACACUAUCCUGGCAUCCACCUGCUUCAUUAGAGCAGAGGUACCAUGUGGUGUGUUCUCACAAUGGUACAACUGUUCAUGAAGAAGAAGCAGAAACUAACACACUAGUUAUCGAUAACCUGUCUCCAGGAAAAACAUAUUCCUUCCACAUUGCAACAUUGCUCAAAAAUGGGAGCACAAGUGAGACAGCUGUGUUAGAUACUCGUACUUCAAGCAAUCUUGAGAGCUUUCUUCAGGACUUGGGGCUGAAACAACACCUCACUGAUAAACUCUCACUGAGUUCUGUACUACAGAUAGACAAGAGCACAGUGACAGAUGAUCCAGCACAGACUCGAUCAGAUUUACCUUGGCUUUUCCUCAAGAAAAUUAUGAUGGUGAAUGUGACUGCAAGAAGUGUCAAAUGUGCUCCAUCAAAUACUGACGAUGAAGAUUUGAGUUUUUGUAUUUUGGAUUUGUAUAGAGAUCUGGAGAGCCUUGACCUCAACCAGGACCUUAGUCAUAAAGUAAAUCCUUUAGACAUCAUAACUGCACUCUUCCUUUGCUCAGACAGUUUUCUUCAACAAGAGAUUGCCUUCAAAAUGUCUAUGUGCCAGUUCUCUGUGCCUUUACUGCUUCCUAAUUGUGACACACAGCAGAGCAUGCUCAUGCUUUGGGCCUUAAGAGAUAUUGUAAAGAAAUACAGACCACACUCCUUGUCUGAUCCAAGAGGGUUUGUGGAAGACAGGAUUGUUCUUGCUGAAUUACCUUUGGUGUCCUUUGUAAGACUUGGAGACUGUAGCAUUUCCAAAUCUCAAAUCUUGAACAAACUGCUCAGUAAUCCACAGCAAUAUCAUGACACAUUUGUGCACCGUGAAAUGGACUGUGGAGACAUCCCAAGAAAAAUAUCAAAUGGUUUGGUGGAGAUCAGCUGGUAUUUACCUUGUGGAAGUAAAAACAUAGACCUCUUCCCAGAACCUUUGGCUAUUGCAAACCUGAGAGGGGACAUAAGUACAUUUGAGACGCAGUACUCAUUCCUGUGUCAGAUUUCUACAGCAGUUUUUGUUUUCUUUGACAAUUUUGAAACCAACUAUCAGCUACUCACUAAUACAUGUGUAAAAGGACAGUUGUUUUUGGUGGGAAAUGCACACAACAAAGCCUUCAAUCUGGAUUUGUUGAAAAGAACAGCUGCUGCAUUGAAGUUGAAAAAAAACAUCAUUCUAAAGACCAAACAAAAUGAUGCAGAUUUUGUCACAAAUUUGUGCUGUGCUGUGAGUGAUGUUGUUAAAAACAGUUCUAUAACUGUACAACUUGAGAAGAUGACCACAGUUGCACAUGAAUUUGGAAUUUUGAUUGAUGAAGACAACAAGGAGUGCCAACAUGCAAAAGAAAAUGCAAAGGAAAUUAACAGCAAGAUUCAGGACACAAUAAAGUUUAAAGAAGAACAGCUCCCUUUGCAGGGUGAGAUCUGGAAGAAACUGGGAAAAAUAGAGAAAGAGGAGUGUAGGCUUCGUAAAGCUGGGGAUAAGAACAUUGAGAUAUAUAAAGGUGAACUUAUUGAACAGAAGAUGAAACUCAGGAAGCAGCAAAGCAGCUAUGAAAUGUCAGAAGCCAUGUGCUGCUUCAUAAGUGCACUGUCAAGUUCAACUCUUGAGAGAUCCUUCUUCCUGAAAUGGAUGCGAAUGUAUUUGGACAAUUUAUCUCGUGAAAAUCUGUCCAAACUUAGAGAAAAGUACAAGGAGAAAUGUCAACAAGCAUCAGCAAAGAAGGAGGAGAUUGCAAUACUGGACAAGCAGAUCUCAAACAGUGCUUUAGGAACUGAACACUUUUUGAGGGAAAUGGGUCAGCUGUAUGAAGCUGCUGUCUCCCUUCCAGAAAAUAUACAAUCAGGAAAACAAAUGCUACACUUACCUAAACUGUGUGCUAAGCUCCUUUUAGAUGGAUUCCCUCUUGAACUAGUUGAUGGAGAUGCUUCAAAUAUACCCCUAAGGUGGAUUAGUGAUGUAAUGAAAGAGCUGAAUACUUUAGUGCAGCCCAAGAAUAAGAUCAUGGUAGUCACAGUAUUAGGAGUGCAGAGCACAGGAAAGUCCACCCUAUUAAACACCAUGUUUGGGGUUCAGUUUGCAGUCAGCAGUGGAAGAUGCACACGAGGAGCGUUCAUGUUGAUGAUUAAAGUCACUGACAGCUUCAGAGAAACACUUAACUGUGAUCAUUUAGUGAUCAUUGACACUGAGGGACUGAAAUCGCCUGAGCUGGCACAGCUUGAUGACAGCUAUGAACAUGACAAUGAACUGGCUACACUUGUUGUUGGGCUGAGUGAUAUUACCAUCAUCAAUAUUGCCAUGGAGAACUCCACAGAAAUGAAAGACAUUCUGCAGAUUGUGGUGCAUGCAUUCCUCAGGAUGAAGGAAGUAGGCAAAAAACCCGUGUGUGCAUUCGUGCAUCAGAAUGUAGCUGAUGUAUCAGCACAUGACAAAAACAUGAGAGACCGGAAGCUUCUUUUAGAGCAGCUGAAUGAGAUGACCAAGGCAGCAGCCAAGAUGGAAAACAAAGAACUGUACAAGAAGUUUACUGAUGUAAUGGAGUAUGAUCCAGAGACUGGUAACUGGUAUAUACCUGGGCUCUGGCACGGAAACCCACCAAUGGCACCAGUGAAUGCAGGCUACUCUGAGGCUGUGUAUGACUUCAAAAAGAACAUAACCAACGUUCUUGUUAACAAAAAUAAAUCUACCAACAACAUUGAAGGAUUUCUGGAGUGGACAAAAAGCUUAUGGAAUGCAGUAAAAUAUGAAAAUUUCAUUUUCAGCUUUAGGAACAGCUUGGUAGCUGAUGCAUACAUGAAGCUGUGCACUGAAUUCCAUAAAUGGGAAUGGUCUUUAAAAAAGGACAUGUAUAAGUGGUUAACCUCUGCUGAAACCAGCGUGUCCAAUUUUGAGAUAAUGAAAUCCCAAUCUGACAAGACAAACCUGCAAGAUUUACUGAGGACCCUGAAAGAUGAGGCCUCCUCAGAACUUGAUAAAUUGGAAAAGAACAUUUUGGAAAAUCUCAACAAAUACUAUGAGCAAACAAAGGGUCAUGUCUAUCUGGUGGAAAAGUACAAAGAAGACUUUGUAAACAGUGCAAAAUCUCUUAGGAGGGAAACAGAAAACUCAGUGCAGAACAAACUGGUGGCAGUUAUUGAGAUUAAGAAAGGAAAGAAUAAUUUGGACAACAUCAGGAAGACACAUACUGACAAAAUGGAAAGUAAAGUACUUAAACUUCUGGAGGAUCUCCGGAAAAACAGACAUUCAGAAAGUGUGUCUGAAGAGGAGCUUAACAACAUCUUUGAAAAAAUAUGGGAGGAAACCGUUAAAGAGCUGUCCUUUACUGGCUUGCGUAGACGAAUCAUAUCUGACAGUGUUUGUAGCCAGUUACGACUGAACAUGAAACAAAAAGGAAGCUCUGUCUCUGAAAAAUUAAACAAAGUGAAUCUGGAUCAAUAUGGCAAAGACAAUUUCACUGUUUCUCCUGAAAGUUUUGUAGAAAGACUUUUUUACAAGGAGUACACUAGCAAUUUGCAAGAGUUCGCAAACAGUGCCAUUGAUGCAUGUAUGCUUUUAAUUAAUGACAAGAAAGAAGGAAAAUCAGAUUAUCAUGACAACUACAUAGAAGAGAUCCUACAUACAAUUGAUGAUAAAUUGACUUCAGGCAAGAAAUCAAAUUUUUCUGACAAAUUUGAACUGUCCCUAAAGCUGCACAUCUGUGCUAUUUCUGCGAGAGAAUUCCAGGCCAUGCAUGACAGUUUUAUUGAAGAGAACGACCCACGCAGAUGCCUCGAACAAUUCAAAGAGAAGUACCGUGCUGAUUUUAAAGAUCUGUUCAGUAAUCGUGAUCAGUGUCAGAGGAAGGCUGCAGAAUUCGCACAGCUCUGCCUCAGCCCUGCAGUUGAGACAUUCAUCUGUGACUCACUUGGACUAGACAUUAUUGACACAAUGCUGCAAGGGGAACAUGCAUUUCAAUUCAGCACACGUGCAUUUUUCCAGUACUCUAUUUUAAAACAACUUCUGGAUGACAGUCAUUUUGAGAACUACGUGAGCUACAUACGUUUUUAUGAACACUUUGUUAAAGAGUGGAUAUUAAAACAAAUUGAAGACAGGUUUUCUAAAGGAAACAAACUUUUUGAGCUGGAAGUGCAGCAUCUCAAAGGAGCUAUUAUGGAGAUAAAAGAGGCCAUCAGAAAAGCACAACAAGAGACAGAUGAAAAUGAAAGCAUUAAGGGAUUUAUUCAGAACAUUUGCAGAAAGCUUGGAAAAAAAUUUGUCAUUCCAAAAAAUGUCUUGGAAGCAGUCAUGGUGUUGAACAACGCCAAACAGGAACAAUUUUCCGACUGGCUCACACAGUCUGUGGAGGAAAUGGAAGAAUCACUGAAGACUAAAUUUAAGAAGGAAGACAUUCUGAGAAAACUGAAAACACUCAAAGUCAAACCACAGGAUGAGCUGUUCAAGCGUGUAUUUGGCUGUGGGAAACAGUGUCCAUUCUGCAAAGCACCAUGUGAGGCAGGAGGAGAAGCUCAUACACAUCACUGUGCUUCUGUACACAGACCUCAAGGACUUGGGUUAUACAGGGAUGAGCACUCUGUGAAAUUAGUCACCAACAUUUGCUCUACUGAUGUGAACACUGAAGCCCGGUUCAGAUGCCUAGAGACCAACCAUGUGUUCCAUCCUUACAAGAAAUACAGGGAGAUCUUUCCGGACUGGCACAUCCCUGCAGAUCCCAGCAUAAAGGCCUCAGACUACUGGAAAUUUGUUAUGGCAAAAUAUAAUGAUCAGUUUGCAGAAGCCUAUGAGGCAGAGCCUGCAGAUAUUCCUCAAGUGUGGGAAGAAAUAACAAAGGAAGAAGCAGAAAAUAGUCUGAAGGAGUGUUUUAUUAUCAAAUAAAUACUUGUGAAAAAUCAUCAGGACAAGGGAGGUUAAAGAAAUUCAAAAAGAAAUGCUUGAUUUAAAAAUGCUAUUAGAGUAUAAAAGUAUGCUUUCGUUUUAUUCUGCCAUUAGAACAUCCCAUGACACCACCUGACAACUUGUCUUUUCUAGUUCCUUUAGCUUUCUCUUUUAAAAUUCCAACCAGCAAAGAGAAUACUGUGCAUUUAAAUAACACUGAAAAGCUCAAGAAUUAGAAUUAUGUAUUUGGAUGUGAAACUUAAAAAAAUAAUGAUUCUGUUUCUUUAAUUUGCUUCUUUCUACAUUUCU